AUGCGUUUCUCUCUCUUCACCCUCCCCGCGGCUCUGUUCGCUGCCGUGGCCUCCGGUCACACCGUCGACUGCUGGGGAAAGGGCCUCAACGCCCCCGUCGAAGGCGUGGACUACGUAAUCGAACUCAUGGACAAGGUCGCCCUGGGCAAGCUUAGCCACCUCCCCCACAAGUCCGACGGCAAAUGGCUGUACACCAAACCCGGCGAGUGCAGGGAGCUGGCCUGCCUCAAGGAAGCCCAGGUCCGCUGGUGCAACACUGGCGGCCUCGGUCACCAGCUCAUGAUGCAGAACAUUGUCGAUGCUGUCAAGGUUCUUCGCCGCGAAUGCUCCGCGGUUGUCAACGGCGUCGACACUGCUGGCGGUGUCCUCUACCAGCCUGACAACUGGAAUAUCAUCCUGCAGCAGGAGGACAAGUGCAAGGACAAGAAAUAG